UUCGCAUGAGACGGUUCCUCAAAAAACAUAAUAUCGUGUAUGAGCUAAACUAAAACUUAGGGUUUUACAUGGUUUUAUGUUUUCCAGUGGAUCUGGUUAGAGCUAUGUCACGCUAAAUGGUGUUCUUUGCAUUUCUUCUUACAAUACUUUUCAAUAGAACACUGUUUCGCAUGAGACGGUUCCUCAAAAAACAUAAUAUCGUGUAUGAGCUAAACUAAAACUUAGGUUUUAUAUUGUUUUGUGUUUUCCAGUGGAUCUGGUUAGAGCCAUGUCACGCUAAAUAGCAUUCUUGUCAUUUCUUCUUUCCAUCCUUUAUAUUAUAUUAAAUAAUAUUUCAUACGGUAUUAUUUCGUUCUUUAAUUUAAUGUGUUUUUAGUGCUUCUGAAUGUGAUUUUGUUUUAAAUACUUAGCUUAUUAGCAUUCAUCAGUAUCCAAGAAUUCAUCAUACCACUGCUAAUUAAUAAACAAACAACGGUUUUAGCGUUUAAAUACCGAAAAAACACCUGCCUGUUCAUUUAUUACUUGUUUCAUUAAACAGGAAUUUGCAUAUCGAUCGUUUUCAAUUAACUUCGAACAGUUACAACUACACGUAAACUGAGCAUGUAGUCUAUCUACAGCAAGAUCGUGACCGCUGACUGCAGCUCUCCUUCUCCCUCCAUUUCACUCCCAAUCGACAUUUUCACCUUUGCUGAUAUGAUUACUCCACAGGAUACCUCCAUCCCCUGCAUACCUGGUCGCUAGAUUCGGCUGGCACGUCAUAUCGGUUUGACAGCCAACUCACGUAACUAUUGUUGAUCGAUCCACAGUCCACUGAAGUGCCUACGAUGAAGGGAACAACAUGGACAGUUCUACUCCGAAUUACUCCAACCCAUGCGAUGUUCAUCCAUGCGACAACCCACCUGAUCUGAGUGGAACUUAACUGAAGCAAGAGAGUGAUGCCUAAUUCCAUCUGCCAACUAGCUCCACUUCUCUCCCGUGCACCAGUCGCACCCACACCGACGUGUUCAUCUUGCCAGUUUUCCUCACACCCGUCCACUUGUCUCUUGAAGAUUGGCGUCCACAACACCAACGGUUGGUUAGGUCAUGCAAGCAUUGUUACAAUUGAUAAAAACACAUAUUUUCAUUUAGUGAAUGUGAUAACCUGUACUAAUAAUUUGGUCAACUUAGCGAUGAUAACUCAAUGUAAGUAUUAACAAACUCGGUACGUGUUUGUUAUUGUCAAUAAUAUCUUUAAAUUAUACAACUCGCUUAUGUUUGACAAUUACUGAGUAAUUGCUUUGCUUAUUGCAUGCUAAUUGCUGAAAAUUGCUUUUUAUUUUAAAUUCCUUAGCUAAAAAUUGCUUUUUCUUUCACAUUUCUCUGCUUAUUGAAUGACUAUUGCUAACUCAUUAGAUAGAACCUACUUCUCAUAUAAGUAGGUGGAUGCGGCCUCGAUUAGCGGGGGAACCACAUGAAAAAAAGCGAGCUACUGGGUGUACCUCCUGGGUAGUUUGGAAAUCACCUAAUAUAUAUAUGUAUAUAUUUAUAAAUAAAAGUUAAUAUAAUUAUAUAAAUUAACAUUAUUAUUUUUUUUAACAGGAAAUGCACAAUGCUAAAAACUGCGUAGGAGAUUUUAAUACAAUAGUACUACCAAGCCUGAUGUUGGCCGCUAUUUCAAUGAAUGCAGCAGUGUGACAGCUAGCAAUCAAAAGUAACAAGAUAUCGAGGAAAUGCAGAUGGCAAUAAACUGUGUAGGAGUUCAUGAUGGCAAUAGAAUAAAAUCGACCAUGCCUGAAGUCAGCAGCCCCUUCAAUGAAUGCAGCAGUGUGACAGCCAGCAAUCAAAAGUUACAACAUAUCGAGGAAAUGCAGAUGGCAAUAAACUGUGUAGGAGUUCAUGAUUGCAAUAGAAUAAAAUCGACCAAGCCUGAAGUCAGCAGCCCCUUCAAUGAAUGCAGCAGUGUGACAGCCAACAACCAAAAGUUACAAGAAGAUAUCGAGGAAAUGCAGAUGGCAAUAAACUGUGUAGGAGUUCAUGAUUGCAAUAGAAUAAAAUCGACCAAGCCUGAAGUCAGCAGCCCCUUCAAUGAAUGCAGCAGUGUGACAGCCAGCAAUCAAAAGUUACAAGAUAUCGAGGAAAUGCAGAUGGCAAUAAACUGUGUAGGAGUUCAUGAUUGCAAUAGAAUAAAAUCGACCAAGCCUGAAGUCAGCAGCCCCUUCAAUGAAUGCAGCAGUGUGACAGCCAACAAUCAAAAGUUACAAAAUAUCGAGGAAAUGCAGAAGGCAAAAAACUGCGUAGGAGAUUAUUAAUACAAUAGUAUUAUAUCAACCAAGCCUGAUGUCGGUAGCUUCUUCAAUGAAUGCAGCAGUGUGACAGCCAGCAAUCAAUAGUGACAAGAAUCUAGGAAAUACAGAAGGCAAAGAAGCAGAUGUCAUCAAAAAAGAUCUUUGUUCCUGCAAUGUUUCCGCAGACGAUACAGAUACAGAUCCAACAGAGCGAAGUGGAAGGAAAAGACUCGGAAAAAAGACCCCACCACCAUAUGGGAACAAUGCAAGGGAGAGAGAGAGAAUAUAAUGUUAUAUU